AUGGCAGAAAGAGGUCACGCUUUAAAAUAGGAUAUAAGUAAAUUAGCUUGGGAAGAGACUGAUUUUCCAAUUGUUUGUAAUAAUUGUCUUGGGGAAAAUCCCUACAUCAGAAUGCUCAAAGAUAGAUUUGGAAAGGAAUGUAGAAUCUGUGCGAGACCAUUCACAACUUUCAAAUGGAAGCCUGGGAAUAACUCAAGAUAGAAAUAAACUGAAGUUUGUUAGACUUGUGGCAAAAUUAAAAAUAUUUGCUAAGCUUGUUUUAAAGAUUUAGAAUUUAACAUGGGAUUAUGCACAAGAGAUAAAUUCUUAGGAGAUUAAAAAAUUGAAAUUCCUGAACAUACAGCAAACAGAGACUAUUGGGCAGAAUAAGCUAAUCGUCAGAUCGAGAGAUUAAUUUUACCAUAUGAUAAGCCAUUGCCAAUGUUUGAUCAAAUACUCAAAGAGCCAAGAUUGGCAGAUGUAAAUAAUCAAUUAAAUGAUGGAAAAUCAGAACCAGCUAAUUAAAUAUAUGCAGAGCCAUUAGAAAAUCCUUAAGAUAUUGAUCUAUUAUAUAAGGAAAAGUUUGAAGCCAAAGGCUUGUUGGCCCCUGAUGAUCCAAAAAUCUGCAGUCUAUAUGUUUCCCAUAUGACAGCUGAUAUCAAGGAAUCAGACUUGAAACAUCUAUUUUCAAAAUAUGGAAAGUUAAAUUCAAUUAAAAUAAUGGAACAUGGUCAAAGUUGCUUCAUCAAUUUUGCAAAGAGAAAAGACGCAGAAACCGCUGUCAAUGCCUUAUAUAACAAUAUAAUAAUAAAGGAUAUCAUUUGCAAAAUACAAUGGGCUAGAGCUCCAAAUAAAAAAGUUCCUAUUAAAGAUCUAAUAUAAUCCUUGUAGCCAGAAGAGAACAAGAAAGCUCAUCCUCCUUAAGCUCCACCAUAAAAUAUUGAUAAACGAUAGCAAUCUGAAGAUAAUUUGCUUAUAGGAUUACUUAAUUAGCAAAUGACAUAUCCAAAUUAAAAUCCAUAUUAAAAGGGGGGUGUAAAUAAUAAAGACAUAUGAUAAUAUCAUUCUAUUAUUGGUUAUUUAAGCAACAAUUUAAUUA